CAGGCAAGUGUCAAAAAUUGCAAAUUUUGCUUUGUUUUGAAUACAUACGUGAGCUAAAUUAUCACUAUUUAUUUAAAUUUAUUAGGUCGCAAUAAAUCCUAUAAUUAUCACACAAAGAUCAACAAGUGCAUAGCAAGAUUAUAAAGUGUUAGAAGCCAGUGGGUUAGAAAUAAAUAAGGUUUUGGUGAAAGGAUAUGUGUUAAACGUAAUUUGUUGUAAUUUUAUAAUUACACAAUGGGCAAUCAGCUGGUGGGUGUUGCUCCAUCACAGAUUUAUCCCGUAGAACACUAUCUGAGCGAUCAUGUUGACCUAUCAUUUGAUCAGAGCUUGGGUUCCACCCGCUUCCUGAAGGUAGCUAGAGCGAGAUCCCGUGAAGGUCUAGUGGUAGUGAAGGUGUUUGCUGUCCAUGACCCCUCGUUACCACUGGCUGAACAUAAGGAACGGAUCCUGAAGAUAAAAGAGCAGCUGGCUUCAGCAUUCAACUGUCUGCCAUUUCAGAGGGUUAUUCUAACAGACAAAGCCGGUCUCCUCAUGCGUGAGUACUGCAAAUGCAGUGUGUACGACCGCAUGUCCACCCGUCCGUUCCUCACCACGCUGGAGAAGAAGUGGAUCACCUUCCAAGUACUGUAUGCACUGCAUAGAAUGCAUAAGCUUGGGAUUUGUCAUGGAGAUAUCAAGCUAGAAAACAUAAUGGUGACAUCCUGGCUGUGGGUGCUGCUGACAGACAUAGCUUCCUUCAAGCCGACCUUCCUCCCUGACGACAAUCCGGCAGACUUCAGCUACUUCUUCGAUACCUCUCGCAGGAGGCUGUGCUAUGUGGCCCCUGAGAGAUUCGUGAGGGCUCCUGAUCCUCAUAAUAGACCUAUGAGUGAUGACAAAAUGGGCGGUCUCUUGUUAAGCGAAUCGCCAUGUAAAGUUGGCGAGCUCGUACCUAGCAUGGAUAUAUUUUCAGCUGGCUGUGCUCUCCUAGAACUUUGGAACGACGGCACUCCAGCCCUAGACCUCCCAGGUCUACUAGCCUACCGUAACGGAGAAGACAGGCCUCCGACCAUGACGCUCAGCACGGAUGACCCACAGUUGAGGACUCUCCUCCACUCCAUGACCGAGAGGAACCCGAGAGAUAGGAGGACUGCCGAGUUGUAUCUCGAUGAGGCGAGGGGCAAAUUAUUCCCGGAAUACUUCUACUCAUUCCUCCAAUCAUACAUGCUAAUAUUCUCCGCCCAACCAAUACUACCGCCCGACGAAAAAAUACUACGCAUUCACCAGGACAUUAAGAACAUUAUCAAGAUAUUCACCCAACCCUCCGAUGCUAAGAACUACCAAGACUUGGUCGAAGAAACUACAGACCAUCAGAAUAUUGACAGCAUUGAUAAAUUGAAGGAUAAGUUUAAAGUGCUCAAUGUUAAUACGACAGAUUUUGAUGAUGAAGAUGAUAAGGCCCCAGAGAGAAAAGAUAUGGGGCCCGAUAGUGAAGGGUUGAUAUUAAUUACGUCAUUAGUGACGUCAUGCAUUAGGGGGUUGCAUCAUUGUACUUCGAAGUUGUAUAGUUUGGAGAUUCUGCAGCUGUUGUGCGAGAAUUCGAGUUCGGAGACUAUUUUGGAUCGGAUUCUGCCUUAUAUUAUCCACCUAUCGCAUGACAACGUGUCCCGCGUCCGAGCCCGCGCCGUAGCCACCUGCGCCCGCGCAUUGUCCGCCGUACGCUUACUCCCCAACUCGGACUGCAACGUGUUCCCCGAGUACAUCCUGCCGGAGCUCGGCCCCCGCGCCACCGACCCCAGCGUGCCCGUGCGCAUCGCGUAUGCUAACAAUAUCGCUAAACUGGCGGAGACGGCAGUACGUUUCCUGGACCAGACACAAAAUAUGGUGGAGAAGGAAGCAGCUAACAUCAACUACGAGACUGAGCUGUCUGCUCUGCAUGAAAUGGUCCGCUCAACAGUAUCGUAUUUACUGACCGACUCGCAAGCGGUGGUCAAGCGAGCCUUAGUAGAAAAUGGCAUCACAAAGCUUUGUAUAUUCUUCGGAAAACAGAAAGCAAACGACGUGAUACUAUCGCACAUGGUGACGUUUCUGAACGACAAGGAGGAGGCUGCCCUGCGCGGGUGCUUCUUCGAGCGCGUGGUCGGCGUCGCCGCAUACGUGGGCCACCACGCCGCGCCUAUACUUGUACCACUCUUGCAACAGGGCCUAACAGACCAAUCAGAGUGGAUUAUAGCGAAGGCUUUACGGGCUACUACAAGUCUAGCAGAGCUAGGGCUACUGCCCAAACAGGCGCUCUGUGACCUGGUGGCCGAGAGCGCGGUGUUUCUAGCGCAUCCUAACUUGUGGAUUCGUCACGAGGUCUGUGGCCUAGUAUCAUGCGUGUCCAGCCUUCUAAACCCGAUUGACGUCAACUGCAAGAUACUACCCCUCGUCUGGCCACACCUCAAACACAAACUUAUACAGGUAGAAAGAGCAGAGUUACUGCUAGAAAGCUUGGCGGAACCUAUUCCCCGCAAGGUGUUAGAUGCAGUGCUGCGUCACGGGGAUGUGGACAGACUUGUACAUACGCUACGAGAGAGAAGGAAUACUAGACUCAAGGUAAAACAGGGCACCGUUCCACAAUAUUCGGAAAUGGGACAACAGCUCAGAAACUUGUUUAGAAGACUGGCUUCUGAUGGUAUGACGGAGCACGUGGAAAACCAGCUAUUGGCAAUGAGUGCGCAUUUAAUUAAAAUACAGGGCUCAUCAACACAGCACAUCACGGAGGCGCCAGGUCGGCUGGUGCUGGCCAAGGGCAUGUCUCGCGCCGUGCAGCUGGACUGCAUGCCGCAUGUCGACUGCGACGCACACAGCCGGCGCAGUCACAAGACAUCGGUAUCGCACGAGACGCAUAUGAACACGGAAUGGCAACACAUGUUCGGACAGUCACAUGAACAACAUUCUAGAGUUUCAGAGAGCGCGGCACAGUCGCAGCCGCUGUCGGCGGGCGGCGCCGCGUCGCCAGCCAUGUCUGUGCCGCCGCAGCACUCGCAGCUCGGGCACAGUGCUAGCUAUGUGCAAUACAGCAUGGCGCCGUGUCGCGUGGAGCUGAGAGACUUGACAGCCCGUAUGCAACAGAAAUAUCAGAAAUCGCUGAGGAGUCACGAUGACCCACUAGACAACAACGACGACAUGUUACCCCCGGCCGGCUGGCGGCCCGGGAACCAGCUGCUUGCCUACUUACAUGAACACAAGGCCCGUGUAAAUCAGAUGGUGACGCUACCAGCGCAGGUGUCGCUGUUCGGCUCGUGCUCCGACGACGGCACCGUGCGCCUGUGGGACGCGCAGCGCCUGCACACGCAGGCACACAUCAACAGAUCCAAAUCAAUGUACAAUAGGAAUGCAGGCCCGGUAUUGUCGAUAGCCGCGUGUGAAGCCGGCCAGUCACUAGUCGCUGCUACGCAAGAAUCUGUCUUCGUGUUAAGGGUAGACAACAACUCGUCCCGCAUGACGUUGUCACAAGGGCGUCAGUUGGAGGGUGACGGCGACGACGCGGUGUGCGUGGCUGCGCCCGCGCACGGCGCCGUCAUCUCCUAUGCCACGCUACUCGCCAAUAUUGUGGGCUGGGACCUCAGGGCGCCAGGUAACGCGUGGAAGCUACAAGGCGACUUGAAGCAAGGGGUGUACACGUGCCUAUACGCAGACCCGUGCGGGUACCUCGCUGUGGGCACUUCAAGUGGCGCCAUCUGUGUGUGGGAUCUGAGGUUCCAUUUGCCCAUCACGUCUGUGAGGCAUCCUAAUUCGGAACGAGUGCGGCGUAUAGUAGGCAGUGGGAACAGCGGGUGCGUGUGGGCGGCGGGCGGGCGCGACGCGGCGGCGUGGAGCCUGGAGUCCACGCAGAGGACGCACGCGCUGUGGCCCAGCACCAACGCGCUGCAGCCGCUGCACUACACGCCGGCGGCUUCCCACUACAUAAGCGCGAUAUACUGCGGCGCUCGCGAGGGCAACAGGUUCGUAGUGACAGGGGGCUCCGACCUUCGGCUGCGGUACUGGGACUUGGAGCACCCUGAGGAUUCGUAUGUGCUGUUACAUGCACACAAUGAUUCGCUGAGGAACUCGCCUAAUGCUGUUAAAUACAGGAGCCGCAUAAUAGACGGCACGACCGUCAUCCAGGAAUGCUGCAAGCAGAACCCUUCAGCACCAUCCUCACUCAUAGAAGACAACAUAUACCGCAGCGUAGAGUCCAGGUCAUUCUACCAUACCGCGCCUAUUACCGACUUGACUAUGGUAGAAGGUAGCAAGCCUUAUCUUGUCAGUGCUGCUGCAGAUGGGGUUAUUAAUGUCUGGAAAUAGGAAAAAAUAAUAAUAUUUGGGACUUAUAAAUUGCUGAAAUGUGCAAGGUUGAUAUAUGGCCUGAGUUACUGUGUUUUUCACAGUGAUUUUACUGGAGUUUGGACCUAUUCAGCUCUCUUUUGUAUCAGCUAUAUGAAAUGUUUAAGUUCUGUUGUUUUGAUGUGAAAAAAUAAUAUUUACGGCCAGUUUCUUCAUCAAAAGUAAAAGUCAAAGUAAUGUCUAAAGUAAAAGUAACUGUCAAAUUCGUUUUUUCAACGCUAAAGUGACAGCAAAACUAAUAGAAAAAAUGAAUUUGACCGUUACUUUUACUUUAGACAUUACUUUGACUUUUACUUUGGCUUUUACUUUUGAUGAAGAAACUGGCUGUUAAUGUGUAAAAGGUGAGCUGUAGUAAGUACAGAUGCUAGCAGGUGAACCUAUCCGAAUCUGUCGAUUUUUACCAAUCUAAUAUUAAUCUUCCACUAUUGUGAUAAGGUUGAAAAUUUAUUGAAGGAAUUUGACUCAUUGUUGUAGGUUGACGUGUUACCUGUACAAAUAUACGGACUUUUAAUAACGUCAAUAUGAGUGGCGCCACCUACAAUGAGCUUUGUAGUACUAUUUUAUAAUCACGCGCAGGCGACGCUUUAUACAGUAAUUUUUCAUCAAAUCUGUAUUUGGCUUCAUAGUUCAAUGAUUUUCAGAAUAAAUGCUAUUUUGUAUGUUAUUGUUUGAAUGCAUAAUUCCAUGUUUACUAUACCUACAUCAAAAAAUUGUUUUCAAAUUGUAAAAGUUAGACAAAUGUUUUAUUUCGUUAUUUUUAUUUGUUCCUUACAAUUUUUUAUCUGUGAUCAUCUUCAAGAUUAGAAAAGUAUCAAUUUGUGUAAUAUUAAAGCUGAGGUUCAUUAUUAUUUAUUAUAUAUAUUAUAUAUUGCAGUCAAGGUAGUUAUUAUAAAUGACAACGACUGAAUAUUAUUAUAUAUCAAGUUUAUUUUAAAUUUUAUUAUUUUAAUUCUUAGAUUGAUAAAUUACAUUAUAACAGUGAGAAACAUUAUUGUUUAUGAAUUUGUAAUGUUUUAAUGACAUGCCUAUUUUGAGUUACUUCAAACAUUAUGUUCAUGAUUGCGUAGACAAUAUGAAGAAUAAUCAAUGAAUUUCAAAAUCAUAGACUGACUCAAUAUGCAUGUCAAUAAAACGAAACAAAAAUAAUGUAGAUAGUAAGAUAAUAUUUUUCCAUAAUAAAUUUUAUUGAUUUACAUUA